AAACAGACACGUCCGCGGACGACUAGAAUAUAGUACAGUAUCGGGCGAGUAUUCACAGAAAUCAACAGCGCUAACGGGUAUCUCCGCAAUACUUAUAUCAAGUUUUUCUUCAGUACCUAUCACGGACUGUUCACCUCAAAUUGAUGGCACCAAUGUGAUAUACAAUGAAAGAGGUGAUCGUGAUAAUGCUACCGAAACUUCAAUCACCGCGAAUCUAAGAGUAUUCGGAGAGGGUAGUACCGAGGGAGCCGAAAGCAUGACGACCAUGUACGACAGCAUGAGAAAGCGAAAGCUGAAAGCUCAACUCCGCCGUAAUCUAGAAAAUCUUGCCAUCCCCUCGACUGCAGAUGACGUCAUCGUCAGGAAUAACCAAUUACCGAGUCAUAUGCAGCAUGUCUUGGCCGCCAUGCAGGACAAGAAUGCCGAAAAGCGAACUCCGAUCGCCGAUAGUAUACACAAGAUCUCCCCGAACCCAAGACGGAUUUUCGCGAACAGCACAGACCAAGUAACUGAUCCAUCUGCACAAAACGCCAACGUGUUGAACGAACAGAUGGCCCAAAUACAAGCGCAAAUAAGUGCCCUGAGUCUCGGUAAGACUGGCCGUGGGCGAAGACGAAACAGGAGUCAUCGUAAAUCGACUUUUAGAAACCAACUAAAGCAGCGCGGAGUUUGUUACUACCACGCAACAUUUCAAGAACACGCGAAGAAGUGUCGUUUCCCGUGCACCUGGAAAAUGGAACUAACCGCCCGUAAAGGCGACAAGUGUGACAGCAACCAUACGCAAAUCCACGACGUUCCACACUACCUGAUAAUGUACCCUUAGAUUUUGACCUGACCUUUGCACCUGGCCUAACACUAAAUUCUCCCUACUACGUAGGGCACUGAGGAUUCUCUCCUUCAUCCUCAACUCCUACAAACUCAACAUACAAAAGCUGCGAGCAUUCGACCACGAGACUAAUCUUGAAUACAGUCUUGGCCUUGAUUUGAACAACUAUUUUAAUACUUCGUAACUUCGCUACUUCAUUGUGACAUUAUACUUAAUCACUUUUGUGAAUGAAAGUAUAUAAAAAUAUAAAAGAACAGUCAAAUUACGCCAUUGCUCAGCUCUUCCUUUUUUAUCACGAAUUUGACACAUGCGACGACGGCCUAGUAUCCAGCCACAUAUUCGUAAUGGACAGGUACUCAGGUCCACCAUCGGCAUAGAUUUCCUGAGCUACUAUAUAUUGCUUAAUACAUGGAUUGAAACAAAGGACUCCUCAACGCGACAACCCAAUUGUCAUCAAUGGCAUACGCUACCACGGCCGACGAAGUAUCAAUAAAAAACAUAAUCGGCGAAACAGUUUACCAUCAACUUCUGGCGGAAUUUUCAGACCUAACUCGUCCACUGGUUUUCAGUCAAGAGGAAACUCGACACGGUGUGGUACAUCACACCGAAACAGCAAACCCCACCGCUUCGCACUUGAUCGACUUCAACAGGUUAAGGCGGAGUUUGAAAUGAUGAUCGACCAAGGCAUGCUGCGAAAAGCCCAUCGGCAUCACCCCUGCACGUCGUUCUGAAGAAGGACGGAUACCUGCGACCAUGUUUUUUUUUAUAUUUAUUUCUUCAAAUUCACAAUUUGUCCAAUUCGGACAUUUGGUAAAAUUUUUUAACAGUUAUAUUAACAUGUUAGUGGCUACCC